UCACUUGCUUUGUUUUGUUUUUCUUUCUUCUUUUUCACAAGCUGAAUCCGAUGCUCAGAAAGUGAGCCCUCUCCCGCUGCCAAGAUGGUCAUAAACGUCUGUCUCCCACAGUUCAAGCCAAGAAUUCACUGCAACAAGAUUUCUGCUGACGGUUAUGAAGUGGAGAAUCUGAUCUCUGAAGACCUUGCCAGGAGAAACCGUGGUUUCCGCAGCGAAUACUUUAUCAAACCUCCAGUCCACGUCACGAUCUCUUUUCCCUUCAACAUCGAGAUCUGCAGGAUUAAUAUCGACAUCUCGUCUGGGGGAUACCAGACCUUCUCCGGGCUCGAAGUUUACACCUCUACCUCAUGCAAUAAAACCUCUUGGCAGAGCUCUGAGGGUCAGUUGCCAGGUCUGGCCGGUCAGCCUGUGUCAGACAAAGACACUUUCACGCUGGUGGGGAAAGCUGUCUUAAAAAAUCAAAGCAAAGUGACAUUCGGCCACAGAGGCUUCAAGCCGAGGCCUCCCUUCCACCAGAUGGAAAAUGUCUUCUCCUACCCUGGCUCUGCAUCUCAAGACCUCUGGAACAAAGGCCCCGCCUCGCUGAGCAACGUCUCGCACUUAAAGAUCUGCAUCACCCACGUGGCCGGAGGCGGCCUGCCUUGCAUUAAGAGGCUGGAGGUGUGGGGACAGCCUGCCAAAUCGUGCCCGCAGGAGGUGAUCGAGGGUGUUUUUCAGGUGGCCUCCCAGUUCUUCGCCCAGGAUGUCGGCAGCCUCAAGCCGGAGCUCUGGACGCCGAUGGAGAGCGACUGCGUGCCCUUCAGCGCCAACGACAGCGAGCAGCAGACCCUCCGCAAGCUGGUGGACGUCGUCCAAGACAUCCCCGAAGAAUUCCUGGACCCCAUCACUCUGGAGAUCAUGACCUUCCCCAUGCUCCUCCCCUCCGGGAAGGUGAUCGACCAGACCACCCUGGAAAAAUGCAACCGGAGCGAAGCGUCUUGGGGCAGGGUCCCCAGCGAUCCUUUCACUGGGGUGGCCUUCAGCCAGCACUCGCAGCCCCUACCUCACCCGACCCUCAAGGCCAGGAUAGACCACUUCCUCCUACAGCACAGCAUCCCUGGCACCAACCUGCUCGGCAGGGCUCACGCCUCGGAAACGCUCGUGCCCUCUUCUGUAACGAUGUCUUCUCUGAAAAGGAAAAUGGACUGCGUGGAUCAGAGCUCCGUGCAGCCGCCCUAUUUUUCCUCUACAAACUUACUUGUCACGUCUACCUCAGAGAACAGUGCUAAAAAAAUGAAAGCUGACAGUGACUCGCAUUUGAUCCAGAUGGACUGUUCGACAGGUAUCGUGGCUCCCUCAGUCACCCGUGUUUCUUGA